UUUUUUCGUAUUUUUAAAUUUUUUUCCCCUGUUUUAACCGAAAUCCCCCAUCCAGAAAACGGUGGGGGCGGGGCGGGGCGGCCCUGCUGCCCUCAAUAAGCGCUGACGAAGCUUCCUGCCAGCCCCGAAGGCUCGGCGCCCGUCCCCCAAAUUCCCUGAGGGGAACCGGGGCCAACGGCUGCCCGGCCGCCCCCGGGGGCUGGGGGAGCCCGGCCCGGUCCCUCAGGGGCUCAUGGAGGGAUACGAGGUAGUGGAGCAGCUGUGGCCCGGGGCGCUGGGCACAAUGCUGGUAGUUGAAUCAAAAGGAAAAAGGAGUGAGAAGAAGAAAUAUGUAAUAAAGCAGGUUGAAUGCACUGAAGAAAUGCAAGCAAACACGGCCUUGAAGGAGGCAAUGGAUUUGCUAAAACUUCGUCAUUCAAACAUCUGUACUUACAAGGAGUUGUUUGUGACUUGGAAUAAUGAGAUAUCAUCUUUGUUCCUUUGUCUGGUAAUGCAGCACUCAGGCCAAGAAGAUCUUUCAUCUCUGAUCAAGACAAAAAGGCAGAAGUCAGAGAAAAUAGCAGACAUGGUGAUGGUGAAGUUCCUGGGACAGAUGGUGGAUGCUUUGUUUUAUAUACACAACCAAAACAUUUUGCAUAGAAAUCUCAAGCCAUCAAACAUUCUUGUGACUGGUGAAGAAUCCUUCAUGCUUUGUGACUUCAGUACAGAAACACUUAUGACUGAUGAAGCGAAAUGGAAAAUAAGAGUGGAAGAAAAUAGCAAGGCUUGGAUGGCUCCGGAAACAUUCAAUUUUUGUUUCAGUGAGAAAUCAGACAUCUGGUCUCUAGGCUGUAUUCUACUUGACAUGAUCACCUGCUUCAUUCUGAAUACGGAAGAGAUCACUUCAUUGCUGCAGGAUCUCAGACAUAAUACCAGCCGUCUUGAGGGAGUUCUGCCACUGAUGCAAAAUGGAGAUAACAGCUCUUUGUCUUUAUUCCCAAUUCUAUUUAUGAUGCUACAGAUUCAGCCCAGCAUGAGACCCACGGCAAAGGAUCUGACUGAUGUUCCAUUUGUUGGGGAAUGCCUGAUCGUUGCUGAUUCCUUUUUAAUAAAACAGAAAAAGUCUUUGUCUCCCUGUGUAAUAGAUGUGCUCCUUGAGGGAGGAAUCGAAAAUGUUCUAGAAUUCAUGCAGGCUUUCUGGGAUGUAGAAGAAGCACAGGCUAGAGCCAUGCAGCACCUUGCCAGCUUUGUAGGAGAUGAAAGUGCCUUGCCCUAUCUGCCAAAAUUCACAGAAUUGAUCACUUUUGCAAUGAAGGCUCAUAUAGAUUCCCUCAAGUUACAAGUAGAUGGUUGCAGUUUAUUGCUUGAAAUUCUUACUCAAGCUCUAGAACAGGAUGUGGUGAUGACCCUGGAUGAGAAUGUGACCAUUUCUCUAUUAGAGAUAGUGAGAAAACACUCUGAAAAUGAAGAGCUUCUUUCAUUGAUCUGCACGUUACUGAUGAUGAUUUCAGCCAGUGGAAUUGCAGCAGAGAAUCUAAGGAAAGCUGGAUUAAUUUCAGACCUUCUGUCGAUUUUAAAAAAAUUUCUUCAUAAUGAACAGAUCUGCCUCUCUAGCUGUGCAGUUCUCUGGAGCUUGGCUGUGAGUGAGAAUAACGCGGACCAAGUGUUGCUGAAAAGUGCUGUCCCCAUUACCACUGCGGUCAUUCAAGAGCACCUCCAGAAUGGAGCGGUUACGGAAUCAGCUUGCUCGGCUCUGUGGGCAUUGUCACUCCAAGGUUGCUUAACUGAAAAUGACUAUGAGCCCACAACAAUGCUUCUGCUGGAUGCACUUAGGAUGAACCUGAAAAGAGCUGUGCUGGUGAAGAAUGCCUGUCUGGCAUUAGCAAGCCUUCUAAGGCUAUCUGAAUUAUCAGCUUUCCGAUUUAUAACGGAUUCAAAAGGCAGUGGAAUAAACGUGAUCAAAGAGGCCUACCACUUUCACUGUGAUGAUCCAGAAGUGGUGGAAAAUAUCUGUAUGCUGAUUAAUGAGAUGGUUCAGUAUGAUGACAUUGUGCUGGACAUGGUGUCCCAGAAAAUGGAAGAACUGCUGUCUGAAAUAAAAAGCCGUUUUCCAUCUAGCAUGGAGAUAAUGACCCUUGUGGAUACAGCACUUGUGAAACUGCAAAAGUAAAGUAAACUUUUUUUUGUAUAUAAGAUCAAAUCUUGUAGACUUCUGGUUCAGAUAUAAAAGCCUGGAUCCUUCUGAAAUACUUUGAGGUUUUUCUCACCAGAAAGAUUAAUAUUGGGCCAUUAAUAAUACAUAAACAAGUUUAUGUUCCAUUGGUUUAGUUACAACUGUGAGACUAACAGCAGUAAUUAAGAACUUGCCUUACUUUGUAGACUUCAGAAAUAUCUGAAAUAAACAUUUUAGCCUCGGUAAUUUCAGUAAAGCAGUAACAAUUUUUUCCUACAUUUAUCAUAAUUUAAAAACACUUUAUUUUUUUAAACUCAGCGUGUAUUUCCUUUGCAGAAAUAGAACUGAUGAAGUAGUUGACAAGUGCAGCCAAGUAUUGUUGAAACACAGUAGUAGGCAUUAGGCAUAUAUCCUGUCCAGAAAGGGAUACUUCAGCAGUAUUCUUGUAUGGCAGCAUUCAUGUACCAUGUUGGAAGUGUCAUCUGCUGUUUUUUUGUUUGUUUUUGUAUUAUUUUAUGAAAUAGCUUCUGUUGGUUCCGAGUUGCUCUCUCUAAAUUUGCCCAGAAUCUGAUAAGAAAACAGCAAAUACUGCAGAUAAAAAACACAGCGUAGAAUCAUUCAAAAGUUUUACAGUUUGUCUUUAGAUUUGUUCUUAAUAGCAGCUUCCCAUUGCUUUUUCUCUAAGGUGUACAGUCUCAUGGCUGCUUGCGCAUCCUGAACCUAAAAGAAAACAGAACAUACAGAAGGCUUAACAAAACAUGGCUGACAUGGUUGAAGAACAUUUAUUGUUAAUAAACAGCUACAUCUCCCAUCAUCUUAAUUAAUAAAUCCUUUCAAG